GUUCUCGCGAAACCUCUGCCGUUACUCUGUGGCAGAUCCGUGUUUUAUUCUCCCAUUGAGAUGUGUAUUGAUCUUCUUUAAAGAUGUCGUCAUCCUGUAUGUUCAUGGGUCGGUUCGUUGAAGGGCAGAGAUGUGGAAGUGAAGGAGCACGUUCAUCCUCUUCAUUAUAACGCCUCAUCUGUUGGAUACUAAUAUGGAAAACACGGGAUCACCGGUGGUCUCGCUGGAGCGCCAGGUGGAGGGUGUGGAGAGGAGCAUUGUCUUCCUUAGACAGGAACAGCUGUCUCUGCUGCACGGACUACACCUGGAGAUCCUGUCCCUCCAGAAACGCUGCACAGAACUCACACAAGAACUCAACAUGAAGCCCCCAGGCAGGAGCGUAGCAGAUGUGCAGGAGGAAGAGAAGCAGCUGGAAGCCCAUUGUCAGGAGGUGGAGGAGCAUCUGCAGGACCAGCAGGAGGUCCAGAGUGAUCUGAGAUGGGAGCUGAGCCAGAAGUCAGUGCUGGUGGGCGCUCUCCGUGCCAGUCUGAAGGAGAAGGAGCGACGUUUCCUGGAUGAAUUAAAACACCGCAGCCACAGGACCACUGUGCUCAACACCGAGCUCCAGCAGCAGACAGAGGCGGCUGCAUACCUGUCCUUCCAGCUUUAUUCAGCAAAGCAGAAACUCGCGCAGCAGAGGCAGCAGCAGCGAAGGAGGCCGGCCCAGCUCGGCACGGACAAGCCCCCCGUCCACCCUUCACCUCAGGCCAGCGCUAGCAGCCCAACAGUGAUCAAACCCAAACGGCGGAGCUCGAGCCGGCCCUCCUCCCACCUCCACAUCGAGCGUGCCAGGGAGUGCGUGCCGCGCGAGAGGGUGACGGGCCCGGAGGAGCCCAUGGCCAUGCCUGACCCCGCCCUCUUCCUGUACCCAUACAGACACAGAUCCCGGCCCCGUCCACCACACAGACUCGCCCUGCAGGAGGCAGACGGGGAGGAGGCGGAGGAGCUCGAUCAGGGAGCUUCAGUGAGCAGACUGGCAACAACAGUAGCUAAAGCCACUGCGACCACGGCAUCCACUACAGAGAACAACGCUGAAUGAGCGUUUCUCUUACAGGUCACCUCAACAACCUACUCGUUUUUAUGAUAUUUUCCCCUGAAUUGCACCUUGAGCCCUUUUGCAUUAUGACAGUGACAGAAUUGUUUAUAUUUGCAAUACAGCUAGGUUUUUUUUUUUUUUUUUUAUACACAGUUUGCACAUGCAGUGAUGAAUAGACAGAGGAGAGAUUCUUGCUUACGCUCUUGUUAAACCAAAAUUGAUGUUUAUGUUGCUGUAAAGCAUUUUUGUAAUCAAAAAUAACCCACGGUCCUCAAUACCGUUUCAUGCAUCCUGCAUCUGCAGCGUGUAGUUUUUUCGCUUGCAAUAUUAAGAGGUUACAGCAUUCACACUGACAUUUAUGCCACCCACACAUUAUAUUGCUAUUAUAUUUCACACUACAUAAAUACAAUAGGCUAAUAAUAAUCAUUUACAUAGAUGAAUCAGUCACAAUAAGAUUUAUAACAUGCAUUUACAAAAUAAAAAGGUGAAUU